UUUCUUCCAGUUUCUGCUCGGGUUGAUCCCCACGCUUAGCUUUUUUACUUUCUUCUCUUCAUCUCAAUUAGACUUACUUCUGGUUCACCAAUCUCGAUAAAUCUCCACAAAUACUGUACAAUAGACUAUCAACAACUUCAACGAACAGUUUCGUGUUAUGUCGUACGCUCGGGGUCCGUUGCGGACUCUGCAACUUGCGGCAGUGCUCGCGAUUGCAUCCGCCACCUCCAUCCGAGCAAGCUGGUUACUCGAGAGGGCAGACACCUGCCCUGCUGAUUACAAUAAAUGCACGCAGGCCGGGCUACCGGCAAAUUUCUGCUGUGCAGCUGGGUCCGUAUGUAAUGUAUUAGCCGGUGGGACGACGGUAUUAUGCUGCCCUAGCAAUAGCGACUGCUCGACGAUAAAGAUCAUCAGCUGCGAUAUAUCUCUUCAAGACGCGGACACGCACCCCAAGGCUGCGGCUAAGACUACGGAACUGGAUGGGAAACUUCCAGUGUGUGGGAAGGGCUGCUGUCCUUUUGGGUACCAUUGUGACGAGGCCAGUGCGAACUGUGUGAUGGACAAGGACCAAAGUCAGAAGCCAGGUACCACGCCCAGCUCGACUUCAUCAGCGCACGCGUCACCUACGCAGACUACAUCGCACCCAGCGUCAACGACGAAGGCCAGUACAAGUACCUCAGAAACAGCCAUCGGCACAUUACCCGCCUCGGCAACCACGACGCCAUCAUCAGAGGCCGCAAGCACAAUGAACACAGCGGCCAUCGUCGGUGGUGUCGUCGGCGGACUCCUCGCCCUGGCGCUAAUCUUCGCCGGGGUCUGGCUACUUCGACACAAGCGCAAGAAGGCCGCCGAGGAACGGGCGAAGCGGGAUACGGCGGGGUCUUUCGGAAACAAGAUCAGAGCGCAGAUCGGCGCGCCGAUUCCACACGCUGACUAUUACAACCAACGACUGGACUUCCUCGCCAAGGCGCAGAGCGAAAGCCUCACGUCCUCACUGACACGGCGCGGGUCGCAUCAGGGCGAUAAUGGUGGCGGCACCGACUUCUUCCCCCUCCGCUCGCCGUACUCGAGCAUAGGGUUCCGCCCAGGCAGCGAGAUGACGGACCGGCCGCGCAGCCAUCACGAGUCUGCCGUGAUAGGAGGCCUUAGGAAUCUCACGGACCGCUACUCGAGCGGCUCUGUGUCGAACCCGUUCACCCCCGUGCGAGGCAACCGGCAGCACAGCGGCGGCAGCGAGAGCAUCAAUAUCUUUGCCGACCCGUCCACCGUCGGCACACCCUCCAUCUACAACAGGCGGGAUACCACGUGGACUGAAUUCCAGCAUCACGCCGACCAACCGCAAAUGCCCGACUCGCCCUCGCCUGCGACGAGGAGGAGGUAGCGUAGUUAUCUUACCGCCGUUACCGAAUAUGAUGUGGUGAAGCGAAGGGAUGAUCCCAGAUUGGGUCUUGCAUAAUGCACGCACGCACGCAUACACUCUAUAAUCAGCAUAUAGCAUAAGUUGGGCGUUCUGGGAAAAAGGGUGUGAAUUAACUUUGCUGUUAUUUUACCUUGAUUUUCUUUCCUUUUUGGGGGCAAUUGGGAAAAUUUAUUUAUUUUUGGUUUACGGCUUUGAUACCAUCGGAUACAGAUGUGGCACAGGGUAUAUAGGAGAUGGACACCGGCGUUUGUACAUUUUAACGGCCUCUUUUAUUCUUCUCCCAUGACUC